AUGGAAACUCUGAUUGUGCUUAUUCCUAAAAUUGAUAACCCUACCUUUAUGAAGGAUUUCAGGCAUAUAAGCUUGUGUAAUGUUGUUUAUAAAAUUAUCACCAAAGUAUUGACUAACCGACUUCGGCCUUUUCUUCCAGAUAUUGUUAGUCCUUUACAAGGAAGUUUUAUUCCGGGUCGUGGUGCUCCUGAUAAUAUUAUUGUGGCCCAAGAAAUUCUGAAUUUCAUGAAGCACACAAAAUCCAAGAAAGGUACUCUUGCUUUUAAAAUUGAUCUUGAAAAAGCUUAUGAUAGGGUGGAUUGGAGGUUUUUGGAGAGUACUCUCAUUGCUUUUGGUUUUCCUAUUAUCACUGUUAAUUUGAUUAUGAAUUGUGUCCGUGCAUCAUCUCUUUCUAUUAUGUGGAAUGGGAAUAGAUUGGAUAGUUUUGCUCCUAGAAGGGGGCUUAGACAGGGUGAUCCAAUGUCUCCUUACUUAUUUGUGCUUUGUAUGGAAAGACUUGCUUGUUAUAUAUCUCAUAAGGUGGUCGAGGGUGUGUGGAAACCAGUUUCUGUCACUAGGAGUGGCCCAAAAUUUUCUCAUUUGAUGUUUGCAGAUGAUCUCUUACUCUUUUGUCAGGCUACAAAGAGUCAGGUUCAAAUGGUCAUGCAUUCUCUUAACAUUUUUUGCAAGGCAUCUGGCAUGAAAGUGAAUCUUGAAAAGUCUAAAGCUUUUUGUUCUAAAAAUGUGUCUGCUCGUAGAAGAGAUAUUUUUACUAGUGUUUCUUCAAUACGUUUUGCUUUAGACUUAGAAAGAUAUCUUGGAGUUAACCUUAAUCAUUCCCGUACCAGUAGGGCUUCUUUUCAUUCGGUGAUUGAAAAGGUGAGGGGAAGAUUAGCUAAUUGGAAAGGAAGGCUUCUAAAUAAAGCAGGGAGACUUUGUCUGAUCAAUUCUGUUGCAGCAUCCAUUCCUGUCUAUCAUAUGCAGUUCCUUUGGAAGGGUCAAGUUGAUGGUAGAGGUCUUUCUCUUGUUAAUUGGAGGACCGUGAUCACUCCAAAGAAAUUUGGUGGCCUGGGUGUUAGAGAUCCUGACAAGCCUUGGGUUGCUUUAUUGAGGGCAAAGUAUCUGAGGAAUGAGGGAGUUUUAGAUGGCCAUGUCCCUUGCAAUGCUUCUCAUGUUUGGAAGAGUAUCUCAAAGGCUUUUGGUGCUCUUAAGGAUGCCUUCUCUUGGUGCAUUGGGUCACUUGAUCAAUCCUUUUGGUUUGACAAUUGGAGUAUUGAGGGCCCAAUUGCUCAAGAUGUCCCUUUUGUACAUAUAUCUGACUCUGAUUUAACUAUUAGAGACGUUUGGAAAGAUGGUCAAUGGAAUCUCCAUGAUAUUUUCUCUAUCAUUCCAGAAGAUGUCAAACAACGUUUGAAUGCUUAUAAUCCGGAUUUGAAUGCUGGAGAGAGUUCGGGUUGGUCGUGGGGUGUGGCGUCUUCUAGACUCUACUCAGCUAGGAGUGGGUACAGUUGGCUAGCCAAAAGAAAGUUUGACUGGAAUGAGCAUGAUAAUUGGUUGUGGGUAUGGCGACUGCAUAUUCCUGAGAAGUACAAGUUCUUGAUUUGGCUCCGUCUUCGUAAUGCUAUUCCUACGGCAGAGUUUCGUUUAGGUCAUGGUUUAGCUUUAUCUAACACCUGUCAUCGAUGUCAGAAUGGUUCUGAAUCCAUUCUUCAUUGUCUUCAGGAGUGCCCUAGUGCCAAGGAGGUCUGGAACCUUUUAGGCAUGUAUUCAGAUAACUCGAAUUUACAUGAUUGGCUCUACAGAGUUCAUUCUGUUAAAUUGAAUUGUGAUGCUAGUUGGUUUGCUCCUUUUGGCUAUGCUGGUUUUGGUUGUAUCAUUCGCAAUCCUGAUGGAUGUUGGUUGAAAGGUUGCACUGGGAAAGUCGAAGUGUGCAAUGUUCUUUUUGCUGAAUUAGUUGCUUCCUUUGUCUCCGCCAUUGGUGUCGCUGCUGCUAUUGCUCCUUUUGUUGUCGCCGGAGCUGCAUUUCUUCUUUCUCCUCCAAUUCCGUUACCAUGCCACUGUGGCCACCACCACGCCGUCGUUGCUGCUGCCACGCUAAGAAGUUGA